AGGUUUGCGGACGUGGCGGCGGCGCACGGCACGAAAGGCGGAGACGUUGGUGGCGGUGGCGGCAGCAGCGGCGACGACGGUGGAAGAGGACAGGGGCAGUCAGAGACUGAGGCUCGGCCAUGAACUGGCCCGGGACCGCGGCGGCGGCGGACCUGGUGGCCGUCUCCUGGUUGAGUCUCUCCUGCUAACGGGACAGAUUUGGACAUGGCUGGGAGGCAUCAGAAUCGUAGUUUUCCUCUUCCAGGAAUUCAUUCAAGUGCUCAAGUACAUGCAUUUGGAAAUUGUACAGACAGUGAUAUGUUGGAGGAAGAUGCUGAAGUAUAUGAGCUUCGAUCCCGAGGAAAAGAAAAAAUCCGAAGAAGUACAUCAAAAGAUAGACUUGAUGAUAUCAUAGUGUUAACAAAAGAUAUACAGGAAGGAGACACUUUAAAUGCAAUAGCCCUUCAGUACUGUUGUACGGUAGCAGAUAUCAAGAGGGUUAACAAUCUCAUCAGUGACCAAGACUUUUUUGCCCUUAGGUCUAUCAAAAUUCCAGUAAAAAAGUUUAGUUCAUUGACUGAAACACUUUAUCCUCCAAAAGGAAGACAGGCUUCACGUCCUUCUACUGUUCAAUACCUUCCAGAACAACAGGAAGUUUUGUCAGCUAAUGACUCUCUUUCUUCCACUGAAUCAGCUGGUAGCUUUCUAAAAGAAGUAGACCGAGACAUUGAACAAAUAGUAAAAUGUACAGACACCAAAAGAGAGAACCUUAAUGAGGUGGUGUCUGCUUUGACAGCACAACAGGUCCGUUUUGAACCUGACAACAAAAACAUUCAACGGAAGGAUCCUUACUAUGGAGCAGACUGGGGAAUAGGGUGGUGGACAGCUGUAGUGAUAAUGUUGAUAGUAGGCAUAAUAACGCCAGUGUUUUAUUUGCUGUAUUAUGAAAUUUUAGCUAAGGUGGAUGUCAGUCACCAUUCAACGGUGGAUUCUUCACAUUUGCAUUCAGGAGUCACACCCCCAUCACAGCAGAGAGAAAUGGAAAAUGGAAUUGCUCCAACUAAAGGAAUACCCUUUGGUCCACAAGAUGAUCAUAAACUAUAUAAUCAAGAUUCUCAGUUACCUGCUGCUCAACACAAAACAUAGCAGUUAGUUCACAAUUACAGUUACCAAUCACAUGUGCAUUUGGAACUUGGUCAAUCAGUUACAGUCAGUAACCACUUCAAAGGCAGAAUUUAGACUGAAGAUGCUUUGUUUUUCACCUUUUGUUGUUAUUUGGAGCCACUUACAAAUGGGCUGAGUAUAAAAUCCCUACAGUUGCUAGUUGAUAUUGAAAGCAGUGAAUCUGUGUAUCUGUUGUAUCAGUGCUUAAAGCAGAAAUGAAUUUGAAUGUGUGUCUAGGAAGUUCUUAAAAAAUGCAUCUUUUUCUUAGUCAAGACUGGUUAUCUUUAAAUUUUAUUUUUAAAGUAUUUUUGUUUUGAGGUUAUUAGUAAUACAUUUAUUAAGCAAAUAAUGAUAGCAUCAGAUGUCUGCAGCUGAUGAAAAUUUUAAUACUGAGCCAUCAAGAUGUUCAGUUGCAAGAAAGUCUGAUUCUAAAAUUAUUUGAUAGCACUUAAAAUUCUAUUUUGAAGUUUUAAAAAAACAUUUAGUUCAUACACUAUGAAAGCAUAAGUAGAACAGAAAUGGGAAAGUUAUCUAUAAUGUCUGUAAUAGAGGGUGAGAUAUAUUAUUAAACCCCCCAAAUAAUGUGUUACUGUUGGGAAGUUGCCAUUUGGUCACUAGAACACUGGAUUAUGUCAGGACGUAAAAGUUACCUUUCUCUCUUAAAGAAUGCUGCCACUGCUUCUGUUUUUUAAGUAAUUUUAUUUGCCUCUGAUAUUUGAAAGCACUUUUGUUGUUCUUUGAUGAAAGUGUUACACAUGUACAGAUUACCAUUAUUUAGCAAAUAUUUCCUUACAUACUGUGAUAAGUUGUUGCUGUAUUACAUGUAGUAACAUGCCUUAAUUACAUUUAAUGCCUUAUAAUAUAUAAUUUUUAGAAUUAAGCAUUGUUUUCGAUAGUCCAAUAGGAUUCAUAACAUAGGCUGUAUAAAAUUAGCCUCUACCUUCACUAUCAAGCACAAGUUAAUGGGAUGAAAACAUUUUCAGUCUCUCUGAGGUCUGUUGCAGAAAAGCGGGGGUAAAAAGACCAUUAGCAUUAGCAGUAACAGACAUAUUGCUUUAUUGAUCCCUUAGCCUCUAGAGUUUUCAAAGAGAAAAUGUUCAACUUAGAUCCUUUUUCCCUGAAUUAGAGCAUCUCUGGGGAACAGAGGCCAGAGGUGUAUGGUUUGGUCAGAAAGAAGGGGUUUAUAGGGCCACAUUUUAAGAUCUACUGUGGAUCAGACAGACUCUGGCUAAAUUGCAUUUGCAUAUUGAUUCUAUGAUUUAAUUUUUUAAAGUAUGUGUUUUUAAAAUGUUAUCAAAAUAAUUCAUUAGAAGCAAGAUUUGGUGGAGUCUGGCUUGCCUGUUUUGUGUAUAAUAAAGUAUGUACCUUAAGAUACAUAAUAACACCUCAUUUUCUGGGCAUUAUUUCCUAACUUUUAAUGUUUAAGCUUUUUGACCAGUUGUUUUAUAUUUCAGAUUUCAAUAUGGAUACAAAGUGAGAUGAACAAAAUAUAUAUAUAUAUAUAUAUAUAUAUAUAUAUGCUUAAUGAGGCUUAAUGUACUUUCAGGAGCAAUGUGUCAGAGAAAGAUAGGACAAAGAAGUCAAACAUUAAAGCCUUUCCAUAUAUAUAUCAGAGGGCCUUAGAUGAUUACCAGAAAGCGUUAAUGUGGAAGUCUGUAGCAAACUGAUUUUUUGAGUGACUCUAUUAGUUUGAGAUUUAAAAAAUUGUUUUAAUGUGCCUUGGGCAUCUUUCUAAUUUAUGCUCAGUGUUAACUUGGUCAGUUUACAUUGUAUUUAUUAAGCCUGCUGAAAAUCAAGUUUUAGGGAAGAAAAUAAAAGAUUAUUUUAGGAUAGAAUGGGCUAGAUGGCCUUUGAAGAACUUUGUUUACAUCAAAUUGAUGAAAUUUCAGAUAGUCAAGGAUUCCUUUCUGCUUGUGAUACUUGGAAACUGACAAAGAGAAGUCUGAUUGCCAAAAUCAUUAACAUUUUAAAAAGUAGGUGUUCUGUGUUGGUUAAAAACAUUUUCUGUCUUGCAGAGUGUCCUAUUCCUUGAAGGAAAUAUAACAUAUCCUUAUGACACAGACAGUUUCCUUUGUCCUUAUGUUUGAAUUAUAUAUAUUAUAAUUAAAAAAUUAAAAAUAUAUUUUUACUUGAUUGAAUAUAGUUUGAAUUACAUAUAAUUCUAUGUAUAUGUUAUAUAUAGAGAGAAUUCUAUAUGUUAUAUAUAUAGAAUUCUAGAUUUUAAUCCUUGUCAUUAAAAAAAAUUUCCUAAGCAUUUAAUAGAUAAAAUAAUUUUAACUUUUAAAAAGUACUAAGUAGUACUACAAAAUUUGUAGUAAAUGCAGAUUACUUUGUAAAACUUAAUAAAACAAGAAAAGUUAUCAUUUGAUAUUGUG